AGAUUUUGAUAUUGAAUUGACAUCCAUAUUGGCUGCACUGGCCAACUCGGUUUCCACGCCCUAAAGGAUGUGGAAAGUUUUUUGCAUCGCUGCAGCACUUCAGUGUCUGUCAGAUGGAAUCAGUGCAGAAACCAUGGCAGCAGCGACUACAUACCAUGAGGGUCUGUCGAGCAUGCUGCGUCUCCGUGGUGGCUCGGGGAGGAGGCUUGCGGCAGUGGCUUCAGCGAAAGAAGUUCCAAAGACAUUGCAUUUCGCAGACAAACUGACGGGAGGGUCAGCUACGAUGCCGACAAACAGAACCUGGAAAAUUGUGAAUGCGACUGAUGCAGUGUUGCCUGAAAAGGCGGUGGGCUCGUCCGUUGGAGGUCCGCUGAUCACAACUGAACCAGAGAUGGGAAAGAAAACUGCCGAUUUUCUGCUCCAAUCGCCAAAAAUCACUUUCGUAGAGCCAUGGAAACGUGCACUGGUGAACAUUGAUUAUUUUGAUAUUAACACAAAGGGGAAGAACAUGGCUGUCGGCUCCACGUUUGUCAUCCCCUUGCUGUCGAUUUGUAUUCCCUUUGCCCUUCCUUUCGUUCCUUUCCAUAGUCCGAUGUUUCUGCCUCCUUUCGGCAAAAGCUUCACUAGGGUCAGACUUUUACCAGACAGUGGCUCCUGGUUGAACCGCUUGAUGCGUUCGCCGAUUGCGCCGAUGCCGGGGAUGUUCAGUACCCGACGGACUGAUCCGUUGGAUGCGAUGCAGAAGCGACCUUGGCUGGCGAUCCCCUUGAAGCCCUCGGGUCCUUUGUCUCAUCCUCAUCCGGCGUCGCGAAAGAUUGACCCACGCGAAACCAUCGGCGGCAUGAUCUUGUGUGAACGAACGAUGAAUGUCAGAACAGGGGAUACUUUGAACUAUCUAGAGCUUCGUGCAACGGGCAAGGUCGAGUACGCAAGCGUGGGCGUCAUGGUUCCACCCGACCUGCUUGAAGUGGACGUGACAAGGGAGUUCGACUUCAGUGGAUGUCCCAAGGGAGAGUGCGCUGUAUUCGUGGGCAACGGCGCUCUCCUAUGGAACUUUGGCCCUCCCAAAGAAGGCAUUCCAGCCCACAUGGCUGCCAUGUCCUCGGCCCCUCCCGAUCCGAAGUACAGCAUCAGGAGCGGAGACAGAGUCGGGCUGCUGGUGGACGUUGCUAGGGGGCGAUUCGCAGUCCUGAGGAACGGAAAGAUGAUCUACCUCCGCUGUGAUCUUCCGGAGAAUGUCCCCCUCAAGUUCUUGGUCGGCUGCUCAACGCCAGGAAGCUCCUGGACUAUGGUGGCGCCUAAGAAGGCAAGGGAGAGCCUGAAGAAUGUUGACUGGACGCUGUUCUAUGCUGCUCCAGCCAUGGCGUUUCUAGGUGGACCGGAUCGACGUUUCAUCUGAUAGUAUCACAUCAUGUAUUGCAAAGCUAAGAAGGGCGGGAAUAGAAGAGAAUUGAUGUAAUCUCGUUGAAACUUAUUUUCAAACCAAUAUUAAAAGCGGAUGCUCCUGAC